GUUUUGGGCCGUGCGGAUGCAGGGGACGGCACACCAGCAGGGAUUGUCUGUUGGCUCUCAUCUCCACCGCUUGAAGUUCACGAUGCAUUCAUUGUGGGCCUGAUGCGGGGGCCAACUCAGGAGUCAGGAGAGGGGAGGAUUUGGAGAGUAUAUAUCUCGCCCCGCCGGCGGCCUGGGGAUGGAUGCCUCGCACAUCACCACACCGCAUCGCUAACUACACACUCUACAACUCUUCACGACCAUGCUUCUCCCCACGACACUAACGUUCCUUUCCCUCGCGGUGGCGGUCCUCGCCAGCGUUCCGGCGCAGAAGCCGCUCGGCCAAGCGGAGGACCUGUACAGCGUCCUGCUUACGCAGGAGCAGCACGAGUACUGCUCGGCGUUCCUCUCAUACCGGCCGGAAACACACACGCGCACAGAAACCGAGUACUCGACCGUCACCAAAUCCCAGCUGACCACGGGGACGGUGUAUGCGCCGGCGGGCGCGGCCGUGGUCACCGUCACACUCGAGAAGGAGAUCACAUUCACACGGACGUCGACCGUUGUCGCGGCCGCGCCGAUAGUGACCUCGACGACAACUACGACUACCUCCUCCACGUCGUGGAUCUUCACAAACAUCAAACCCACUCCCGCUCCCCCCGUCGCUAUCUCCUCGGCCUGUUCCCGGCUCGUCACAUCUCCGGCGGCUUCUUCCACAACUGUGUCGACCACGGUGCCGACAACGGUCACGGUGCCGUCGCCUACCAUCACUACGAUCUACAGGAAGAACCAGCCGGCAAAGAAAACGACUACCAUCGCGUGUCCCAGGACUACGACCGUAUCCAUCAUCAUAACGGCAACUCCAGCCGCGACGGCUUUGGUGGUGACGGCGGAGACAGUGAAGGUGGUUACUGUCACUAGUACUGUCGAGUUUUGAAGGCGGGAGUGGCGGAGAUGAGUGUAUUGAUAACAUGUUUUUGGGUAUUUCCUCCUGUUUUGGGUGUAAUUUUAGUCUACUAUCUACUGGC